AUGUGGACUGAGAAUCAAUUCAUUAUCACUGUAUUUUGCAAACUUAACACUAGUAGUAAUCCGUCACAAAAAAUUAAUGUUCAUAAAUUUUAUACAAGAAAUAAAAAUAAUCUUGUCGUUCCAAGCUCCAGACUUCAAAAAACCAGAGGAUCAUUUCUGGGUAAAUGCAUUUGUAUGUUCAAUAAAGUUCCACAAAAUGUAAUUGACCUGCCCGUAAAUAAAUUUGAAAUUCAUCUAAAGAACAUACUUAUGAGUGAAGUCUCAAAACCUGUGCUACAUUCUGAAGGAAUUCCUUAUCCAUCAUUACCCAGCAAGUCCAGUAAGGAAAAUGAACCACAGCUCCUGGAGUUGGAAGUUGAGGAGGCGUUUUUGAGCCAGGACAUUGAUUUCGAAACUCUUCCCAGGCCGGAGGAGUUAAAAUCCUUCUGCUCGUCUGAGGACUGCGUGUGGAGUACGGACGCGUUCAAGAUUACAGAGUGGCGCGUGCUUACCGGCAAUGUCACCUCCGCGGGGCACCUCUACCCCCAGUCGGCCCCCACGACCCCCUCGCCCGCCGGGAUCUUGCCGUCCAUCUUCUUACUGGACCCCGACGCUGAAAUAGAGCUGGAAAUUACCUUCUCACCCGCCGUCGCUGUGCCUCUCGUCACGUAUCUAUAUUUGAGGAACAAUUUUACUGUCGUCGAAGUAUUCCCGCUAGCGGGGCGCGGCGCUCAUCCGAGUUUCGAGCUAGGCGGACGACGGCCCGGCUCCGCGGCGCCGAUCGUGUUCGAGGUUGCAGAGUGUCCGGCAACAGGUGCUGGUGUCCGACGCCAGCUCGCCGUCCGCAACACCGGGCCCGUGCCCCUGCACCUGCGGGAUUGGCGCCUCGCCGGCCGCCCGUGCGCUGCCCGCGGUUUUCGUCUGCACCCGUGCGCGCCCCUCGCACUCGCACCCAAUGAGACUCGCACCCUCCGCCUAACCUUUCAUCCCGAUUACACGCUCGCGCGCGUGCUCGCCACCCUUACUGUGCGCGCCGACGCCGCUCGUGCCGAGUUCCGAUUGCGCGCUGCCCUGCCUGCCCGCCUGCUGCGAGCCUGUGCCAUCCAAAACCCGCCGCCGCCCUUCGACCCCCCGUUGCGGGCCGCUGGCGCCGCACUCGCCCUCGCCGCUCUCGCGCUGGUCCUUGCCGCUGCUGCCCUCGACGCCGAGCGGGCGUUACGUCGCGCACGCCAUGCUCGGCUCCCAGUUUUGCCUCCAGCGCGGGCACCACUCGAUUUGCGCGCCGCUGCCGACGUACCGCCGCCCCCGCCGCCGCCUCCUCGCCGGCGCCGAGCACCCCGCCGUCCACCGCCGCCAGACCCGCGUGCGCCCCUCGCUGAACGUCGUGCAUUUGAGCGUUGGCGGGCUGAGGUGUUGCGGCGGGCCGAACGCGAAGACGAACACUUGAGCGAAGACGGUACCCACUCGACGCCCCCGCCCCCCGCUCCACCUGCCAGUAAGUCGCCGGAGCGAAAGUCUCCGUUGCCGGAGGAUGAUGAAGCGGAUGUUCCGCGCCCGUCCAGCGAUGACGCCGGCCCCUCCGGCGACUCCUCGGUCAGCUCAGACUCGUCGCCGGGCGACGAUCUAGAGGGCCGAGACGACAGCGAACCAGACGCGCGGGCGACGCCCGUUGUGGAUUCGCCUGGGGAGCCCGCCGAAUCUCCGGACGCUGAAUCGCCCCCGCGCCGCCCGGAUCCUCGUCGAGAUCCACGCCCUCGUCGGGACCCCAGUGACCAGAUCCGCCGCCCGGACCGCCGCGCGCUGGACGCCGGCGAGGGUCGACCCCGCCCCGCCCCAUCGCGGCUCCCCGGGCGCCGCGAUAAAGGUGGCCGGCGGCGGGUCGGGGAAAGAGCGAGCGGGCCACCGUCGUGCAGUCCUCCCGCUGCAGUCCCCGAGGUCCGUGCGCCGGCAGCGGUUCGCUGGGGCGCGUCUUGGUCGUCUGUAGUGGCAGCGGGGGCGUCGGCGGGGGCACCGUUACCUCCCAUAGGCUCGGACGUGCGUCGGCGGCCGGAGGAGCGUACGGACCAGUCGCUAUUCUACUUUAACGGGGAACAACCCCCGCCACAACCUCCGGAACGGUUCCCGUGGCGCGCGUCACCGCCAUUGGACCGGCCGCGGUACCCGCCACCCGUAAAUGAUUACAUCGGCGAUUUCGACGAACCGAACACAUAUGGUUCGGUGUGGGCAGGUGGUGCGUGGGCGUGGGGCGGCGGGCUGGGCGUGCGCCCCCCACCCGGAUUCGGAGCCCCGACUGCACCGCCUGCCCCCCGCGCAUACGACCCUUUCCGCUCGUUGGCCACUAUCUGGGCUCCCGGCGCACUGGACUGGCGGACGGACCCCACCCCUGCCUCAGCCCUCGGACCGGGCCCCGGCGCAGUACCUGAAGACUCUCGUCCCGACGACUAAUGCCGCUCACUGCCCGGUCCGUAUCUCUAGUCGCGACGCUUCAGCGUCACCCGCUCGGUCAUCUUUCGAAGACUGAAUAAACUUACCUUUCUGAGCA